GCUGUUCUGGCUCCCAGGUCGAUGACUGCGCAUUGGAGGUUUGGCUGAGGAGUUGCGCGCAGCAUGGGCAUCGGGGAUUACAUCUGUCUAACGCUGCGUGGUGGUGCGCCCUGGGGAUUCUCCAUAGAAGAGGGAGAGGGGGACACCUACAGACCUUUUGUGGUUUCCCAGGUACAAGAGGGUGGCCGUGCCUUCCUGGAUGGGGUGCAGGAAGGCGACCAGGUGGUUUCACUCAACGGGGAGCCGUGUGCUGAUCUCACCCUUUUGCAAGCCCAUGCAAUCAUCGAAACAUCAAUCGGCUGCCUGCAGCUACUCCUCAAAAGGUGCACCAGCAUCCCCUCUGAAGACUACGAAUCAGAGGAUGCAUAUUGUGCUGAGAGGGAAUCCUCUGGAGAGGCUUUGGAAAGCACCACCCUCCACAUCCUUUCCCCAAAGCACAGGUCUCAAAGCCCAAGGGAACUUUACAUAUCUGAGUCACAGGACGAGGCAUACUAUGGGGAGAUGGACAGUGAUGCAGAGUUCCCCAGGGAACCCCAGCUUCUUUCUACUGAGCUGCACCUGCCCUCAUCUGUCCAUCAAAGAGACCGGGAGCCUGUUUUUAGGGGAAAUGAUGAAGCAAGGCGCUGUUUCUCCCCUGGGGACAUGGUGGAGCUCCAGGUUUCCCUGUCUGAGCAAACCCUGGAUGACAUAGGCUGCACCUCUCUUGGGAGUGCAUAUGGAAUCGAGGGAGAACUCUCAAACAAAGAGGCCAGUGAGGUGACGCAUACAGCCACUGCAUCACACUAUGUGCCGUGUCCUGUCAGAGAGCCCCUCAGCCAGCAUGGAGUGGUGCUCAGCUCGCCCUCUAUGCUGGGGCAGGUGGAGGUCGCUUUGCUACAGCCAGCAGCAUCAGGAGCAGGGAGGGGCAUCCAGAGUGGGGGAGGCGGAGUAGGUGGCCCCAGGGUCACUGCUGUUGGAUCCCGAAAUGAGGAAGAUGAAGUAGGAGGGCACUACGAGGGAGUCCCUAGGUCCGUUACUGUCUCAUUUGGAAUUCCCACUGAAGAGGCCACACCAGCAGAGGACCAGGACUCGGAUUCUGAUUCUCAAGGAGAUCAAGACAAACCAAACAAGCACCGGGCAAGACACGCCAGGCUCAGGCGUAGUGAGAGCCUGUCUGAGAAGCAGGUGAAGGAGGCCAAGUCCAAAUGUAAACGUAUUGCUCUCCUUCUUAAGGCUGCUCCGCCCAACCCCAACAACAAGGGGGUGUUGAUGUUCAAGAAGCAUCGGCAGAGGGCAAAGAAAUACACUCUUGUGAGCUACGGCACGGGAGAAGAGGAACCUGAGUACGGAAGUGAAGAGGACGAGGACAACGAAGACGAAACCCAUGCUGUUGAGUUUACUCUUGUUGCUCCAACAGAUUCAGAAUCAGACACACAUUUGCUCACUAAUGCCAAUAGCAGCAAAGGUGUACUAACUAUAAACUGGGAUAAGGGUCUCCUUGAAAUUGAACGAAACCUCAACAACCAAGAAGAGAUGGAAUGUUUGCCUGAAACCAAGGGCAAAGGUGCCCUAAUGUUUGCCCAACGGCGCCAGAGAAUGGAUGAGAUUUCUGCUGAACAUGAGGAGCUAAGGCGCCAAGGUAUUCCCGUUGAGGGACUGGUAGAGGCUGAAAAGAAGCAGGAAGUACACUCCUACAUACAGUCUACAAAUGAAGGCCAUGCAUACAUGGAUGUGAAUAUACACCAACAAACUCAGCACCAACAACAGUACCAGCAAUAUCAAGGGCAACAGUACUAUGAGCAACAACAGCAGCAGCAGCAGCAGCACUACCAGCAGCAGCAACAGUAUCAAUAUCAGCAGCAACAGUAUGAGCAACAGCAUUAUCAACAGCAACAAAUGUAUCAGCAGCAGCUGGAGUAUCAUCAGGAGCAACAGCAAAUUCAACAAUAUUCUGCAAAUGUCAAUGGCACAGUCCAUCAUCAAACCAAUGAAAUGCAGAGUUCUUUCAGUAAUCGCACUGCAAAGCCUUUUUCAGCACAAAACAUGGUGGCCACCCCUUAUUCUCCCGCAGUGAGUGGGACCAAUCAGGAGGCUGUGGGCCAAGGAGAGCAAAUAGCAUCCCGUGAUGAACGCAUUUCUACCCCUGCCAGUAGAACUGGGAUUUUGCUGGAUACGAGGAAAAAAGUCUCUGGUAAACCUAUGUUCACGUUUAAGGAAGCACCAAAAGUAUCACCUAACCCAGAGUUGCUAAACCUCCUCAACAAAAGUGAUAAAAAGAUGGGUUUUGAGUCAGGACCUGAGGAAGACUACCUUAGCCUUGGGGCUGAGGCUUGUAAUUUCCUUCAGUCUCCACGGGUUAAACACAAGAUUCCUCCACCAGUGGCUCCAAAACCUGUGAUUAACCCCAACUCUCCUCCUUGGUCUGCACCAAUAGAAAUGACCAACCAGGACAUGGCUCAGUGUGCUGAAAAUAGUGUAAUGACACCUGCUGUAGCCCCCACAGUAGAUACUACUCCUGCUCCAGAACCAGAGCCAAUCUCUGCACCUGCCCCUGAGCCCUCUCCCCCUUCUGCAGUGCAGGAGGUUUCUGCCAGCAUUACUACAGAGGAACAGCAUGCGUGGAGCCUCAGAGAGCAGGAAUCUCAACAGCAGUCUUUGCAAAUAAAAUCAGCAGAGGACAAUGUUCAUAUGAUUUCUGCUACACAGCCUGAGCCUGCUCCUGUAACUUCCUGGAGUACACCACAAACACAAGUACAGCAACAGCCACCUGCAAAUACGUGGCAUCCGGCUCAAGCACAGUUCCAGGAACCUCCUCAGAGUGGUUCUCCACCGCAGCCAACAUGGGUGACGCACCAGCCGUCUCAGCCUCAGCCUUCCACAAAUAAUUGGCCUCCUCAAAUUCAGCCAACAUGGAAUCAGCCUCAAGAGCAAGCCCAGGCACAUCCUCAGACGCCCUGGACCCAGCCUCAAGAGCAACCUCCAUCUCAGCCACAGGGUCAGCCACCAUGGGCCCAGCCUCAAGAGCAACCACCAUCUCAGCCACAGGUCCAGCCACCAUGGGCCCAGCCUCAAGAGCAACCAUCGUCUCAACCACAGGUCCAGCCACCAUGGGCCCAGCCUCAAGAGCAACCAUCGUCUCAGCCACAGGUCCAGCCACCAUGGGCCCAUCCUCCGGAGCAGUCAUCGUCUCAGCCACCCUGGGCUCAGUCUCAUGAGCAGCCACACAUCCAACAAAUGCAGCCAACUUGGGGUCAACCUCAAGAACAAAUGCAGCAGGCCCAGCCCCCAUGGGCACAACCACCAUCAAGAGACUCCCAGCAACAGCCACCCUGGAUGCAACAACAAAAAUCCCAAGUACAACCUCCAUGGGUUCAACAGGUUCAACCAGAGUCCCAGCCACAACCACCAUGGGUUCAGCAACCACAGCAUCAGGCUCCUCAACAAGCAUGGCCACAGACCCAGGCACCAGGUCAGCCUCAACCCCCUUGGGCAUCACCUCAGCCUCAGCAGCAGCAGCCUUCAUGGCCACCAUCACAAACUCAAAGUCAACCUCCUUGGAUCCAGGCAAACCAAGCACAACCUCCAGCUCAGCCUCAAACUAAUUUGAAUCCAUGGGCACCAGUACUUCCCCAGGCUCAGCCCCAACAAUCAUGGCCACAACACCCUCCAGAACAUGGUCAGCACCCUAUGAAUUCCUGGGGACCAGAGCAAAAUCAGCCCCAGCAACAGCCAUCUUGGGUCCAACCAACUCCACCCCAGCCAGCUCCACAGCCAAACUGGCAACAGUCUUCUGCAAAGUCUGCACCAGAGACACCAAUGAAUACUUGGCCUCCUGCACAGACACAGCCCCAAAACACCUGGGCACAACCAUCACAGCCAGUACCUGGAAAUGUUUCCACAUCAAUUGUAAACACUCGGCCUUCUCCAAAACCUUGGCAACCACCACAAAACCGAACCCCCCCACCUCCACCACAACGAAUGAGCUCCUUUACCAUCGCUCAAAGAGAAACCUCACCUAUAAAUCCAAUGGCCACUGUUUUAAAGACGUCAUCUACAGGAUCUUCUUUUGAGAUGCCUGCUGUCAAAGGGAAAGGAGCUGAUAUGUUUGCUAAGAGGCAGUCUCGCAUGGAGAAGUUUGUUGUGGACUCUGAAACCGUGGAAGCAAACAAGGCAAGCCGCUCAACAUCACCAGCUGCUUCCUUACCAAAUGAGUGGAAAUAUACUCCAAAUGUACGUGCUCCUCCUCCACGGGCAUAUAAUCCAAUUCAGUCCCCUUUGUAUCCCCCAGCAGCAACAAAACAGCCUCCUUCAACUGGCCCUUCAAACAAAGAUAAGAAAAAAGCAGAGAAAAAAGGCCCUCCCCCUAAACCCCUCAAUGUUGUAGAUGUCAUGAAGCAUCAACCAUAUCAACUUAGUUCAUCACUCUUUAUCUUUGGUUCAGCAGAGGAGCAGGCCAAGCCUCCUGCACCUAAGCCUGAAUGUCCCCCACCAAACCCACCUGUAGAAAACCAACCAGUGAGAUAUGAGCAAAUAGCUCCUAUGCAGCCAGGUGGACAAAUGAAUGUUCCAUACCCCCAACAGGCCUAUGGGAUGCCUAUGCAAGCAAUGAUGCAUGAUGGCCACUACCAGCAAAUCCCACCUAAUAUUUAUCAGCCUCCUUAUCAGCAACCUCCCGCUGGUCCUUACCAGCAAAUGUAUAACCAGCAGUAUCAACAACCUGCUCCACCUCCUUAUCAAGCCCCACCUCCUCAGUCUCCAAACUCCCCCUACCAACAGGCACCUCAGGCCCCCUACCAACCAGCCAAUAGCCCUCCUUACAUGGCAGCUCCUUCAGUGCCUUACCAACAACAGCCUCCUAGUGGCUACACGGCUCCUAGUGUCCGUGUAGCUGCAAGGCCUGAUUCUGCAUCAGGCAGCAACACUGCAGCUGCUCCCAAACCCAAGUUUACAGCUAAAAAGAGCUCAGCUCAGGUUUGGAAACCUUCAGGAGUUGAUAAAGAGUGAUCUGGCAGAUCUGGUUGUAGAAAUCUGAUAUGCUUGGUAUAUGCUUCCACCAAGGGUUAGUAUUCUUAUAGUCAGUUGCCUAAUUGGAUUCUAUGAGCUCAUAAAUUUGUUUUGUAACGACAAUCAUCAUUCUCACCUGCACUUAGUACUAUUACAGAACAUAAGGUUCUGGUUUCUAAUGCUAUUGUGAAUACAAAUUACUUUUGCAAAAAUGCAAGAACAUUAUGAUUAGGUGGGGAUAUAUGUAUAUCUUAUAAGAGACAAAUGAGCCAAAAUGAACUUUACAUGUUAAUAAAGCAUGUACAUUUUUAACUUGUUAAUAGAAAAUGACUGUGGAAUUUUGGAAAUUAUUAUAAAUUAAUAUAAUUUUGGUUGCAAUGUAAGAAUGUAGGGGAGAGUAAAGACUGCAGGUCGGAAUGGAAGGAAAAAGAAAUCAGAAAUGUAAGCUAAUGGACAGUGGCAAAAGGAAGUAAUUUUUUGGAGAUAAUGUUGAGUGCCUGAUCUUUAUUAUGCAAUUUACAUAUUAAAAGCAGCAAAACUAUCAUAUAAUAAUGUUGAAUAAAACAAUAAAAGACAAAGUAAACAAAAAAUAAAAAUAACAUGUAGCAAAAUACAAGGUGUACAGAUACAUUUUGGGUAGUAAUAUAAGUAUAGAGAUUAUGUAAAAACUUUUAGUUGAGUUUCAAGUAAUGGCCGGGCAACACAUCAGUCAUCCUUAAAAAUGUUAUUACUGACUUGCUUAAACUUCCUUAAACGUAGGAUUAGGGAACAGAAUAUUUUUACAUGCCAUAUCACUACUGCUUUCUUUUCCUUUUCACUUACUUCAGUGGGUGAGUUUUAUUUUAAGCUUUUUACCAGCUGUUGCAUCAUGUUAGGUACUAUAUUUAACUGCCUUGUGAGAGGGAGUGCUGAGGUCCAGUGAUAGUAGGCUUAAAUUUCAACUUAAGCCAGAAAAAGCGACACUACGGUCUUUUCUUCUGAUGCAGUGCUGCCCACUGUCCUUGCUUCACUCUCCUGUGCAUUUUCUCUUGCUUUUGUUUUAUAUGAAUAGUUGAUAAAUUACACACAAGAAGAACUAUUGAAAGGAACCCAGCAGUGUUCACAAAAAAUAUUUUUCUUACAGGGCUGUUUUUGUUCUUCAUGUUCUUCUUUCCCACUUUUCUUUUGUGUGUUUCUCUUCAGUGCACUUUCUGUAUGAUUCAUUGCAGUGCCAUUAAAAUGUAUUUUAUCCUUG